CUCUCUCUCUCUUCUCCACCUCCAUCCCCACCUUGCACUCGCACCUCGCUGCAUCCACCAUGCGUCGCACUCUUCUGCGCUCCGCCAAGGCGGCGGGACCGAGCAGCAGCAGCGUGCCCACCUCUGCCACACCCUCCUCCUCCUCCUCCUCGCCGCUCCUCACGCGCACGUCCGCCUCGCAGGCCGCCUCGGUGCUCGCGGCGCUGCGCAGCGAGCCGGCGUACACGGCGCGCUACCGCAUGCCCGCCCGCGGCGGCUCGCUGCUCGUGCAGCAGUCUGCCGCCUCUGCCUCCUCCUCUGCAGCGAGCAGCAGCGCCGCAAACGUGGUGCAUCCCAGCCGCAGCGCCGCCGCCGCCGGCGCACAGCAGGCCUCCUCGUCGACGCUGCACGCCUCGCCCGCGGCGCCGCGCGUGCCAGCCGCGAGCCGCGCCUCGCAUGCGCCGCAGACGGCAGCGACCAAGCGUGCCACGGCGGGCCUGUAUACGUCCGCUGCGGCUGCUCAGGCGCCCGAGCCGGGUGCAAAGGCGGGCAAGGGAGAAGAGGAGGAAGACACAUGGGCGUUCGGCGGAGGAGGCUCUUCGCAUGCUGCCACGCAGGAAGGCGAGCCUCGCACGCCGGCGCCGCAGUCCGCGCAGCAAGUGCCUGCCGCGGGAUUCGUAGGCAGUUCGAGCGCGGGCAAGGGCGCCGUGAAUGGCUAUGGCAAGCGUCGCAGUGGAGGCCAUGGCGCACAGGCCGCUGCGCAUGGAGAUGCAAGCUCGAGGGCCGCGAUGAAGGAGGAACAGAUGGCGCGGGAGUACAAGCACGAAUACGCGCCCACUUCGCGUGCUCCCCGCGCAAUGCCGCACCACACCUACUUCUCCUCGCCCUCGACCUCCUUCAACGUCGGCGCCGCAGGCGCGGCGGGCGCGAUUCCCAAGACGAACGCGCACGGCUCGCAGAGCGCCAUCCAUGGGCUUGGCACGCCGGGUGCGGGAAAAGGCAGUGGAGAUGGCAAGAUUCGCAAGAAGAAGACGGCACUGAUCAUGCCUGGACAAGGCUCGCAAUACGUAGCCAUGUCGCAAGACGUCUACCGCGCCUUUCGCUCUGCGCGCGACGUGUGGGCCGAGGCCGAGGAGGCGCUGCUCUCGGGCCGCUCGCACCUCUCCGAAUGGGAGGAGCGCGCCUCAAGCCCGCAGCAGCGCGAGGCAUUCGAGCAGGAACUCAAGAAGAGCGCGGCGUGGGAUCGCAUGCAGGGAAUGACGGGCUCGGGCACGGCGGUGGCCAGGAGUAGGAGAGGAUGGCUGAGAGACACUGUGUUCUCCGGCGAUCAGCUCAACCUGACGCGCGCCGAGAAUGCGCAGCCCGCCACGCUGGCAUGCACCCUCUCCAUCCUCGCCGUGCUGCGCAAGGAGUUUGACGUCGAUCUCAUCACGGAGCACGUCUCGCUCGCGGCCGGACACGGCACGGGCAUCUAUGCCUCCCUCGUCGCCUCGGGCGCCGUGGAUAUUGGCGAUGCGACGCGUCUGCUGAGACAUAGAGGCUUGAUGAGCUCGAAAUGCGUAGAGGAGAGCGAGGUGCUCUUUCCGCCGGGCUGUGACAGGCCCGACACGAUCUACGAGUCUUGGGCAUUCGCCAACUCCGGCAGCGGCAAGGGCGCAGAGCUGCUCUCGAGCGUGGCGGUGGACGCAGGAGGCGUGCCGCCCACCAGUCCCGCUUCCGACGCCGACGUCGUGAAUGCCGAGAAGGACGGACUUGAUGUGCAGCCUCAGCGUCGGGGAUGGAAGCGCUCGCAAAUGUCUGGCGUCAUGGUGCGCCCCGGCAAGCUGAACGCCACGCUGCGAGCCGUCGAGGCGACGCAGGCAGACAUCAAGGCGGGCGCCGUCAAGGAUGUGGCGACGGACGAAGUGGUGGAGAUUGCCAACGUCAACAACAAUCUGCAGGUCGUGCUUUCGGGCACGCGCGUCGGCGUCUCGCUCGCCUCGGAUCGUCUGCGCGCCCUCGGUCUCGGAGCGCGCGCCGUCAAUCUGCCCGUCUCGGGGCCGUAUCAUUCCUCGCUCAUGCUUCCCGCCGCCGAGGCACUCAAGCCCACCAUCGUGCACCUUCCUCUGCGCGCACCUCAGGGAUUCCGCAUCGUCUCCUCCAACAAGGGCGCGCCGCUCCUCGACGAUGUCGACGCCAUCCGUGCCGACCUGAGCGGCGCGACGGCCAGACGCGUCGAGUGGCUCGACAGCAUUGAGCGCCUGGUGGAGGAGGGCGUGCAGCGCUUCAUCUGCUUGGGCCCGGGGCGCGCCUGCGCCCAUCUCCUCAGCAAGGAGCUGGCGUAUCGCGACCGCCUGCGCGUGGCGCAGGGCAUGCAGCCCGCCGAGUACGAGGUGUGGUCCAUCACGUCGGUGGAAGAUAUCGAGCAGCUCGGCGACGUCCUCAACCGCCUCUCCGUCUCCGAGGGUGCCUCGCGCCCCGUGGAGCAUGCGUCGGACCACGUCGUUGCAAUCUGAGUUCCUUGCCUCUACCUAGCGCCUCUCCUUCUAGCCGCCUCCCCUUCUCUGGUCCGCGUCCAAGCAGCUGCUUCAGAUUGUAAUUUUAGUCACGACGCUCAUUCCGGUCCAUGAUGAUAUUGCGUUUCGCUCCCGUG